UAAGAUGUUUUAAUUUUAAGUCUCGUCUGGUGGCGUUUUCGUAUCUAUCUUGGGUUUCAUAGUUUUUUCUCUUGAAUACAAUAAGUUAUUAUUUAUAUAAAAAUCGCAAUUAUAGUAUUACAGAGUAUAAUUUGUAUAACGGAAUAAGAAAGUUUGUUAAUUUUGUGCUUCAAAUAGACAUAACUAUUUGGUUAUGAUGUUAUUUUACGACCAAGUAUUUUUUUUGACGCUGCGUAAAUUAUUGAAAUAACAUGAAAUUGUUUGUCUAGCCCAAAUAAAUGAUAAGAAAAUGGCAUCUUCUAACGCGGAGUUGCAAGAAAGGUGUAAACUUUAUUACAAGUUUACUAAGGUUUUGACCCUGAAAGUAGCGCAAAUCGUGGUCCAGAGUAGACAAGGGAAGAAAAUAACACAUGAAUUUAACUCCAAGCUCCCGGACAACGGCGUAGAGUCUUCACCGCAAUGGUUCAACUUGUCGAUUCCGGAUGAACCGGGGAUCACUGAGGACACGAAACGUGUACUGAAUGGCGAGGUAGUGGAUGCACUGGCGAAGGUUCUAUGUAUCGAGAUAUCUCUGCACACUGUCGACGGGGAUGACAUGGUGCUAGAGCUGUGGACUGUCAAGCUGUCUCCCGGCAGUGAGGUCUGCUCCCCUUCAACGGUCUACUAUCGCAUGAGCGUGAUGCUCAAAUCAACCCUGACCAUAUCCAGGAUAACACCGGCCUACAAACUGUCGAGGUCACAGCAUAAUGAAUCUUACAAGAUAUCCCAUAAGAUUUAUGGGGGUGAACCUGAUUACGAUGUUUUAGGUGAGAAACGUAAGACGAUAAAAGUAAGUGAGCUGCACACACCUAUCGGGACUUUGAUGAUAGAAGUGGUGUACAGGACGAAGAUGACGAUCAUGCCUGAAGCGAAGCAGAAGAUCGAGUACGAGGCUUCACCAGCCACUGCUGAGAUCAUGGUGAAGAGUGAUCACUUCUACACUGAGAGUCCCAAAAAAAACCGGAACGAGAAGAAAGAACUAGACUUGUCCAAACCCUUGACAGCGGGAGCAUUUGUAGACCAGACAAAGAUACAAGAAUUACAUAGAACACUCAGUGAGCAACUACCUCCAGAGCCGCCCAUGGCCUGGUUGCUUGCCGAGAAGGAGAAAAUGGAAAACAAAAUGAAAACGCUUACGACAUCAGACACUGAUAACGCGCUGACGACAUCUGACCACGAGAAUGCGAAUCAGCCGAGCUGCAGCAGUGGCGUGGGUGCACCGAGCUCGUCGAGUCACGCCGUCAGCAGGGCCAUCGAAGUACCCAAACCUAAGAAUGGAGAUAAAUAUACCGGACUUAUGGAAUUCCCCUUUGCUGAUGGCAGUCCGAUUGCGGAAUUGGCAAACUUCUAUCAGGAAUGCUUACAGGCAAGGUCUAUUAGUGAUGAGUGGACGGACAUCGUGAUCGAUUCGGGUUCCACAGACUCGGAGUCGCUGUCGAAGCAACUCAAGAUGUUCGAAGAUGCCGUCCCAGAGUUUGACAACAUGGUGGCUUCCAUGUUCAGCAACUCUGAAGGCUCAGAUCGCUCCUAAACCCGACUGGAAGUAAGACUGCAUGAUUGUUAUUAUAGUAAAGCCCUAGUGUUGCGCAGUGCGAAUAAAAUAUUUAAAAUAAUCUGAGAUUUUUUCUGACUUUAAUAAGUCAGUAGUUGGAUAGGACAACGAAAUCGGCAUUUAUGUAUUUGACAAAAGUAAAAAGUGUAGUAAUAGGAAGAUAUGUACGUUUCCACUGUUAACUCUAGAUCAUAUAAUAUGGACUACAGAUGUUUAUGUAUAACUGUCAUAUCCAUGACAGCCGUCAGACGUCAAGUUUGACAGCCGUCAUUAAUGUCAAGUAAAAUUAUGUGAACUUUAUUGAAGUUAUUUAAUGUUAGCAGUUUGCCGUUUGCAGCAUACCGAUGUGUUUGCAAGGAUUUUAUAUAAAGUGUUUAAUAGUUUGUAUAAACCGUGUAACGGUACCUUCUCUCGUUUCGCAUCUCUUCGCACUGCUUGAAAGUUGAGGGUUUGUAAAUAUUGUAAUGUUAUCAACUAUUGUAUUGCAUUGGAUAGUAUAAAGCGCCAUCUCGUCUAACCUGUGCUUGAGCCGAAUGGCAUGUGAGCGCUUGUCUACCGAGACUUGCGUACAUUGACGGGAGACAAGCAUCCUCAUGCCGUUUCGGCUCAUAGCACUGAAUCGAUGCUUGUUUGGCCAAACGCCCGCUGCGUGCAAUUCUAUGUUACAUCCUACCUACUGUAAAACUCUGGCUAUAUUGCUCAAAUUUGCACAGAGCCUAUACAAAAAGACAAAGAUAGUUAAAGCAUACCUCAAAUGUUAUCAAACUUAGUGGCUGUAUGCAACAUGGUGUAUGUUAAGAAAAUAAGUAUAGAGUUGUUUGGCAUUAAAGUACUUGCUAGUUUGUCCUGCAAUACUCCAUUACAUCUUGCAGAUGGCAUGUACUGCCUCUGGCUGGGAAGGACAAGGGCAAGGCAAAGCUAUCAUACUCAAACUUGCUACACUAAAGACUUCCUUGUUGGACAUUAUACUCAAGCUCUAAUUCUAUGUUCAAACAAUAAAGUGCAAAUUAGUAUCUAAACUUCACUCUGCAAUGCUCAUAUUACUGUAACUGAUGCUUUUUAGGCUAAUUUUGUAUCAUAACUACUAAUCAGACUAAACGCCACUACUCUUUAUAUUUCCUAAGUAUGCUUCAUUUGCAUCGCAGAAUGUAGUAGGGAUAGGAAUUUCUAAUAUCUAGAAAGAGUAGGGAUAAAUUCAUGGGGCUGAUAUGACAUCUAGCUGCAGUAUAGUCAUCACUGGCUCUACAUGUGUGUGAUGCACAUAUAAUAUAAAGUUGGCACUUUGGCUGGCAUGUGGAUAUCCCCCCCAUGAGUUUUCAGCGUAAGAUACUCGACACUUGUGGCUAUAAAUAUAAAAUAUUUAUACCUUGAAGCAACGUAAGACUGGGAACUAGACAAGACUUUUGGAUGACGUACGACUGACCUGAUGAAGGUAGCCUCUAUUGUAAUAUAUAGCGCGCCGCGGUUGACUCAACUACUCACUUAUUACGAUUACACACCUGACGGAUCCUUCGAGAUCACUCAGUGGCAUAGUUUAUACAGCGUUCGUGUUAUAAACAAAAUUUUAAUAUUGUUUCUUGCUUUACAAUGUAAAAUCAUUUAUUAUGUAAAUUAGUGGUACCUAGUUUCUAGGUGAAGCUUCAAUGUAAAUAUUUGUGUGAGAGAUAAGAAUAAUUUAUUCGAUGGUAAAGGUCAUGUAGGCUGUAGCAGUGUAGGUGUCAACAUUGUUACUCGUUGCUUGUAAUUGAAUGUAGUGUAGAUUUUACACGUCGCCAGCAGACAUGUUGCUGUACUCUUGUAUACCGUUACUAUAUCGUACUUGUGUAUUUCCACACAUAAUAAU